UUGCUGCACAAUCGCCAAUAAUUUACAUUUCACGAUAUCUUAAUCUUUUUUUCAUUCUCUUGAUAUAUCCAGAAAUACGCUGACGGUGAUAAGCGUGAUUCAAUUGGCACUGACUUUCCUUCACGGAAGAUUUGAUGUAAGAGAUCACAGUAAGUUAUGUUUCGUAUCCCAAAAACAACAAUGCCUGUGACUAUUGUAGCCACAAAAAAGCCCAAACAAAUGCAAACGUGCUUAUAUUCAUCUUAUGAAUGCUCACAACCUUGUCUUGAUGGAUAUACUUAUUGCGCCAAGCAUAUUCUUGAGGAUCCAAAUGCACCUUUCAAGCAAUGUGGUUUUGUAUAUAAUAGUAAUGGCAGAAAAUGUCAAAAUCCUGCACCAAAAUUGGAUAGAAGAGAUAUUUUAUAUUGUAAUGAGCAUGCUAGAAAAGCCCAAAUAGCACGUAUAAAAUCUACAGCAAAACAUUCUUUACCACAGACACCUGAAAUGCUCUUACUUAAUUUAAGUCACUAUGUUAAGAAAACAGAUUCAAGUACUGAAGAUACCGAAGAUGAAGAAGGAAAAAUCAAAGCAUUAGACCCUUUUACUGAAGUUGAUGCAUACAGAGUAAAUGCAAGUGGAAGUGAUAUUUUGGAUUAUGCAAGUUCCUCUGAUAGCGAUAUUGAACCUACAACAGUGACUGAUACUUUAAAAGGAAGUUAUCUUGAUGAUAGUGAUAAUGAAAGUUUAUACAGUGCACAAGAAGAUCCUUUAAAUAUUAAUUUUUUAAGGCAUGCUGGAAUUUUUACUGCUGAGGAGGUGAUCUACAUUGCGCGAGAAAAACUAAUUAGACUGCAAUCACUUUACAUAGAUCAGUAUAGAAGAUUACAGUACAUAUUAAGAGAGAAAAGACGAAAGUAUCUACAUGCCCUUAAAAAGGAAAAGGAAACAUUAUGUAGUAUACAUGACCAACCAAAAGAAACUGCAAAAGAAAAGAAAAUUUAUGAAAAAUUAAAAGCCUUAAAUCGUUAUCAUAGACGAAGUGGAGCUGAAGCUAUAUUAUAUAGAAAAUCUUUAGAACGUAGAGCACAGGCAACUGAAGGACCCACUCAAAAAAUACCAAGUAUAUCAAAAUGUAUUUUUACAGAAGGUGGAGUAAAAUGUGGAGAGAGAACUCUUCCUGCUGCAAAACAUUGUCGCAAACAUAUCCUUAAAGAUCAACAUCAAGUUUUAUUCAAAGCAUGUGGAGCAAUUCGAGCAGAUAUAGAGUGUCAUGAACCAGUACCUGUAAUUUUUGAUACAAAUUGCGUGUUUCACAUGAACUUACCAUCUGAAUGUAAAUUAGAAACUAUGAAGUUUAAAGAAUCAAAACCUGAAGCACAGGAAAUGUCAGCAACAGAUAAUCAAUCUGUGGAAAUUGAUGUAGUAGGAGAAAUUCAAGAAAUUGAUCCAGACGAUGAUAUGGCGGGAUUAAUGAGAGAGAUGAGUGAUGCUGCACAUAUGAAACCAGUAUUUAAUGAAAGUUUAAAUAGUGAAGCUAGCACAGAUACAGCUUUUAGUUUAUCAGCACAGAUGAGUGAUAGAGAUGAUCUUGUUUCUGUGUGACAAGCUCUUUUUCUAUGACUUCAAAUCAUAGAAUAUUAAUGUUUGUUGUUACAUAAUUAUGCAAAUUUUAUUUAUGAAUUUUAUUCAACUUAACUAUAUUCUUACCUGUAUAUUAAGUGCCUAAAAUUAAAAGUGAUAUGAACUCAAACAUGAAUAUUGUGUGACAACAAAGGAUGUGUAUCAUUGAGAAUAAUAGUGGUGUAUCUCCAAUUUUAUUACAAACAAAACUAUACCACAUACAUGUUCAAGACAAUUUUAAGUAUUAGUAUAACAAUGAAGUUCCUCCAUAUGUACUACAUUUACCAUAUUAAAAUAUUGAUAACAUUUCGUUACUUGUUUUAAGUCAUCCCAUAAGUUCGUGUCGACUUUUGUGUAUACAUUUCAUGUGUCGAUUUAUAAACAUACGGCGAUAAGGGACCAAUGCACUUGAGCUUAGCUGAUCGAAAACAGGCUAGAGCAGAUUUUCGUGGGAUAAGAUCGUAAUAUAGUGAACACAGUGACUUCUAACAGUAAAAAAUCAUGAGUGAAAUGCGUAUCCAUUUUCGACAUCUCAUGUUAUAUGAAUUUCGGAAAGGAAGUUCUAUAAUAAUUGCCACGAAAAACAUAUGUACUGUUUACGGAGAAAAUGCGCUUUCAUCUCGCACCUGUAGGAAGUGGUUCCAACGUUUUAGAGCUGGGAAUUUCUGUUUAGAAGACAAGGAACGCUCCAGGCGUUCUCCUCAGACAGACGAAGAUAAAAUUUGGGAUCGUGUUGAAAAAUCACGAAGUUUGACAGUUCAAGAGAUGUCAAAUGUUCUGAAAAUACCUAAGACAACGAUUCAUAGGUAUUUAAAAAAAAUGGGGAUGGUGUCAAAGUUGAACGUUUGGGUGUCCCAUGAACUUAUGGAACGGAACCGUCUUGAACGAACAACAGCGUGCAUGUCAUUACUUGCGCGUAAUAAACAUGAGCCAUUCCUUAAACGCCUGGUAACUGGUGAUGAAAAGUGGAUACUUUACGAAAACCCUGAACGGAAACGUAGCUGGUCCCAACGAAAUCAGCCACCUCAACGCUGUGCAAAACCAGGGUUACAUCCACGUAAAAUUCUUUUGUGUGUAUAGUGGGAUUAUAAAGGAAUACUCUAUUUUGAACUUUUAUCUAGUGGUGAUACCAUUAAUUCAGACAAAUAUUGCAGUCAGUUAGAAAAAUUAAGGGAAGCACUAGCUGAAAAACGACCAGGUUUAGUGAAUAGGAACAACGAUAUCUUCCAUCACGACAACGUUAGAUCGCAUGUCGCGAAAAGCGUUACAAAAAAAUUGUCUGAAUUUAAUUGGGAAAUUUUACCACAUCCCCCAUACUCCCCAGACAUUGCCCCAUCUGAUUACCACCUGUUCAGAGCAUUACAACACUUUUUAGUAGGUAAAAAAUUUGAAAAUAUUGACAUUCUCAAAAAUAGCUUAGAAAAUUAUUUUAAAGGAAAACAAGAGAACUUUUAUUGAGACGCCCUACCAGAAAAAUGGGAAGAAGUUGUACAACAAGAGGGGGAUUACAUUUUUUCAUGAAACUUAAGGGUAUGUAAACAAUCUUAACAUAUAUAACCGCUCGAAAAACGGCACGAACUUAUGGGAUGACCUAAUAUUUGAUUGAUCCAAGAACAUUUCACAAAAGCUUGUUUUUCUUGAAAAAUCAAUAAUGGACGUUACACUAUUAUUAUUCUAAACUACUCAUAUGUAUUAAUAUAAUUUAUUUGUUCAUGUAUUUGUGUACAUGUGCAGUUACUAACAAUCAUUUUCAUUUGUAAAUAUUGUGACAGCCACUGUCACCUUUUCAUUGUACAACUUUAAAAAUAAAAUACAAAUGCACCUUCUUAAA